AUGCGUCACAUUCUCCUACACCCUCAAUUGCGCGCUGCGCUUCCUCGGUCUGCACAUAGAGACCUGCGCAUCCGAUUAUGGGCUCGAUUCAAAUCCCAAGUCCCCCGUCCCUCCCAACGCCAUGAACCUGCUCCGUCGCAAACCAAAGAUUUGAGCGCUGCUUCUGCUCGCUCGACGUCACCCCCAAGCACGCCAGCCAAGACGACGGUUCGGAAGGGUCCCCCGGAGCGCAUAAUGGUCUACUAUGGAGGCACCGGCAGAACAGUGUUUUUGGGAAUGCUGCGGCUUACCACGAUCUUCCUCUUUGGCGCUGCAUGCGUGAUUGUGGCCCCAUCCUGCUACGCAGAUGAAGAAUCAAAAUGGCUUACUCCAUUAGUGGUUAUCGGUGGCGCCGUCCCAAUGAUCGUUGUCGCCUACAUAGCAGCACCCUAUGUAAAUUUCGUCCACCUAGCAUUGCCGGCAUUUGCUAGAAAAUCUCGCGAGAACGCAAUCCACUAUGCCAAGGACCUACCGCCUACCGCAACGUUAUAUCUGACCACAAUGCGCUUUAACACGAUCCCGCGGCAAACUGCUGUCCGCCUGGGUGAUCUUGCUGCAGAGAAAGAUCCCACAAGACCCGUCUCAUUCAAGAAUUUGAGACCUGCACCACGGCCGUGGUGGGCCGGCCGGCCUCCAGCUCAGUACCUUACUGAGCAUCAGAGCCGCCCCACUGGAAAACAAUCCACCGCAUUUUAUCCUGAGUUGUGGCCUGCUAUUUAUCAGAGAAUUCAGGGAACAGCUCCCAGCAAGCGGUUCAACUAG